UAUUCUUUUCUGCAAUAUAUAUUGAUCAACCAUUGAAAGUCUCUACGGUAUCGGUAUGCUCCUUGAGCACUCCAUAGCAAUGGAGAAUUCGUCAGCUCCAUCUUCAUUACAAAACCCUAGUUCAAGAUUCAAACUUUCCAUCUUUUCAAGAACCCAAUUUCUCAAAUUCCAAUAUGGUCAUCUUAUUCUCUUUAUUUUCGUAUUUUCCCUUAACUCCUCCGUUAUCGGUGGAGUUUCAUAUCCUCCUGAAUUUCCUCAGAUCCCAUACCCACAAUACUGUAACGACGUCGUUCCGAGCACCCCUUUAGCCCAAACUUUAACCCCUUUUAACGCUACAUCGUUUUUUCUCACUCUUACCAACGCGUACAUACACGCGCCGGCUGGUAAUGCCGGGAAAUUCAAGCCGAAAACCCUUAAUUACUACACAGAGAAUGUUUAUCCGACCCAAAAUGGUAAAAUAUUUAAAAUUGAGGGUGGUUUGAGGUUUGCAGGAAGAAUUGGUCCGGAGUUUUUCGGUGAAUUUGUACACCGGCGGCAACUUCGGCUAGUUUAUCACCGGCCACCAAGGUUUCCUACCGGAGGCUUCGGGAAUUCGAGGGAGAUUCGGGCUUCCGGUUUCUGGGAUUCGGGUACUGGAAAGCUUUGUAUGGUCGGAUCAGGUUUGAGGAGGUUAAGUUCUAUUAAUGUUGUUCUUAAGUUGAAUUAUUUGAAUUCAUCUGAUAUUUUGCAUAGUGUGGUUAAUGGUACAUUGGAAAGAAUUGAUGUGAAUGAUAAAAAUGCAUAUACUAAGCCUGUUGAAAUAUUUGGUACGUCUUUGAGGAAUUAUGUUUAUACUUUGAUUGAUAAAGAGGUUGAGAAUAAUGGGUUUAGUGAAUUUGGUGAUUGGUCUGAUGUUUCGCUGGGAAUAGAUCAGGAUAGCAGCUUGUGUUCAGUUAUAGGUCGUGCCGGGACUAUGGAAAUGAUGUAUUUGGGUAAUUGUAGCAAUGGGAAUUGCGAUUUUCUUGGUGGUAAUUUGUCAAAUUUUAGGCCGACCUCGAUGUGGUUUAAUGCUAUUGAGUGUGGGGAUAAUGGAAGAGGGAGGUUCUUGUUAAGUUUUGGUGAUGGUGUGCACACCCGGCCAACUAAUUUGAUAAAUCAAACAAUAGUUGCUGAAGGGAAGUGGAAUGAGAAGACAAAAACAGUUGACAUGAUUGGUUGCCGGAUUUUCAAUGGAAGUGAUGCAGCUGAAAAGGGUUCUGUGGGGGAUUGUGUUGUGAGGCUGAGUUUGAGGUUGCCUAAGCAAUGGACCUUGAAGGAGAGAAGUGUUGUUGUUGGGGAGAUUUGGAAAAGAAAAGACUCAAAUCAGUCAGGUAAUUAUGGUAAAGUAGUCUUGCACAGCGUAAGAAAUCUGGUUAACAGAAUUGAUGGAUUGACAUAUGAGUAUACUGUGAUUGAUAAUGUGACGAGGUCUUGUGCCAAGGCACUGACUUAUAAAGGGAAGGGAGGGAAGUAUCCUGAUGUACAUUCAUCUGAUAUGAGAUUUGAUAUGACGGUGAGGAACAGGAAAAAAAUUGAUAUUUUCAGUUAUUCAUCUCCAUUGUCUGUGGGGGAUAAGUUUUACCGGGAUGUGUCUGGUUCUACUGUUCAAGUGAACGACAAUCAAAGCACUGUGGUCAAUAUAAGCUAUGUGCUGCACUUUGUUGCUCCAUCUCAGUUCUUGUACAGUGAUGAGCAUACUCCUUUGACAAUUGAAAUUUCUGCUGAGGGAUUAUAUGAUUCGAAGAGUGGACAUCUUUGCAUGGUUGGCUGUAUGUAUUUUUCAUCACGUCGUGAGAUUUUACAGAGAAAUUCUUCGUUAGACUGUGAAAUUCUAGUUAAUAUUCAGUAUCCUCCUUUGAAUGCUAAAGUUGCCCAUGGUGUUAGAGGUACCAUUGAGUGCCUGAGGAAAAAGUCUGAUCCUCUUUACUUUGAACCCUUGGAGCUUAUAUCAAAUUCCGUCUACAUUGACCAAGCCAAAAAUUCCAUGUGGAGAAUGGAUCUGGAAAUGACCAUGGUUCUAAUUUCCAAUACACUUGCAUGCAUCUUUGUGGGUCUGCAGCUAUUUUAUGUGAGAAAAAACCCAACUGUGCUUCCAUUUAUCUCUGUUGUCAUGCUAGUUGUACUCACACUUGCACACAUGAUCCCUCUGUUGCUGAACUUUGAAGCUCUGUUCUUGGUCAACCGGGAGAAGCAGAAUGUUUACUUUGGUAGUGAUGGAUGGCUUGAAGUAAAUGAGAUUUUAAUUAGAAUCAUGACGAUGAUAGCAUUCUUGUUGGAAUUCCGUCUUCUUCAACUCACAUGGUCUGCAAGAGCAGGUGUUGAGAGCCCCAAAAAUUACUGGAUAUCAGAUAAAAAGGUUCUGUAUUUGUCUUUGCCAAUGUAUAUUUGUGGUGGAUUGAUUGCUUAUUUUAUCCAUCUGUCAAGAAUGCCUCACCAGUUGAAGCUUCGAUUGUCGCCUCGUUUUCAUUACCAACAGCAAACUUUCUGGGUUGAGCUUAAAUCAUAUGCCGGUUUGAUCUUGGAUGGAUUUUUGCUUCCUCAGAUUCUGUUCAAUUUAUUCUGCAACACCACUGAGAGGGCUCUCACCCCUGGUUUCUAUAUAGGAACUACCCUUGUGCGCCUAAUGCCACAUGUAUAUGAUCUUUACAGAAGUCACAGCAAUGCGUGGUCGUAUGAUUACAUAUAUGGAAACCCGAAAAUGGAUUACUAUUCCACUGCUUGGGACAUCAUUAUCUGUUGUGGGGGUCUGCUGCUUGCUGUUCUCGUUUUCUUGCAGCAGAGAUUUGGGGGCCGUUGUUUUCUUCCCAGAAGAUGUAGAGAUAGCUCCACGUAUGAGAAAGUACCUGUAAUCAGCACCGAGUCAAUUACAGAAGCAUGAACUGUCUGUAGAAAUUUUAUCCUUGAUUUCUGAAGAAACUUUCAUUUCUCCUGUCACCAGUUUCAUUAGCUUUCAACACUAGCGAUUUAUACGUCAAAGAUUGUAUAGAUGAAGUAUUUACUUUAAGCCUGCUAAAGAAUGAACAUCUGGCAAAGACUAUAUGUUUCUAUAUAUUGUUAGUUAACUCUUCUUUCAGAUACUAUCACUAUGAACAUUUUGAAUCUAAGUGGGACUUGUAUAU